CGGGUACAAACAUUAGACUUAAAAAAAACGAAGAUCGCUAGCAAAAUUACGCGCCAAACGAACCUAUUCAAAGUGAUUUUUGCGGCUGACAGAUAUGAUGAGUGAAGCGACGCGAUGAAAACGCAAAAUCUUCGAACGAUACUGUUAACGAUAUGCUGCGUAUCUUAUCUCUUGGUCGGCGCGGCAAUCUUCAGCGCCUUAGAAUACGAAGAAGACCAAGAGAUGCGAAAAAAUAUGACAAUUCUUCACAAAACACUGACAAAGAAGUACAACAUCAGCGACGAAGACAUCGGGAAAUGGCUCCAAUAUCUCGAUAGCAAAGCAAACAUAGACGCGGAUCUUUACCAAUGGAGUUUCGCCGGCUCGGUUUAUUUCGCCACCACCGUAAUAACAACUAUAGGUAAGGGUUAACGAGCGCCGGACGCGAAAAAAUUAGCUUGAUUUAAUGCAAUACGCAAGAGCUUUGCAGCAAUUAAUACUGCGGUAUGAAAGAAAGCACCUUAGGACGCGCUCGAGUAGAGGGAAGGCCGGCACUUACACUAGAACCCGUUAUCGUCUUUUAUCAAAGCGAGCGGGUAGUAUCUUAGAAGCAUUAAGUCGUGCUAAAUGUCUAGCAAAGACGAAAAGAUAGCCCUAACCACGCACACUAGACUUAAAAGGGACGCGAUCAAUUGUAACAACCUCGAGCGACACUUAUGUAUAUCGGAACAUGCUUCCUCUGGCAAUUUCCGCGCAAUAAUGUUUAACUGCGAUAAAAGUUACCGGGGAAUUUCCUCUUUGCGAUAAUAAACAAACCCUCGUGAGGUUUAAUCAGCGCUUGUCGAAAGCGGUUUAAGUCGGGAACAGACAGCCCUCUACACCUACACACAGCAUUGUUGUACAAAAAACACAAAGUUGUACAAUGUAAAUACACACUGAUAUGAAGGUUAAGUUUUCCUCUUUGUUCCACAGGUUAUGGACACACGGUGCCAAAGACGAACCGGGGAAAAGUAUUUUGUAUGAUUUAUGCGGCAGUAGGAAUUCCUCUUGCGCUAACGAUGUUUCAGUCAAUUGGCGAGCGUUUGAACACGUUUUUAGCGCAUAUGUUUCGACGAGUGAAGAAAAAGCUGGGAAUGAAGAACACCGAAGUUUCAAAUACAGCGAAUAUGGUGGUUUUAUUCGGUUUGUUCGCUAUGAUGGUCACUGUAUGCCUUGGAGCAUUUAUCUUCCGUUACUACGAGAAAUGGACAUAUUUUAAAUCUCUUUACUAUUGUUUUAUAACUGUAACAACAAUAGGAUUCGGCGACUACGUUGCCUUACAAGACAGCCGAGAGACGCGCUUUGAUCAUACAUACGUGGGUAUCUCUCUUCUUUUUAUUUUCUUUGGACUGACAAUUGUAGGCUCCGUAAUGAAUCAGUUGGCAUUGAGGCUGUUAACGGCAAGUCAAACCAAAGAAACGACAGACCAACUUUUGGUGGAGGGACCGUGUUUAUGCGAAAAAUGCAGUCGCCGGGAAUCUAUCGACAUUUUUAAUCUCUAUCCGAGCGACUUAUCGACCACACUUCUAAAAAACUACGAGGAAGAGAUUGCAUUUACAACGUACAAAGGACUUCAUAGGAAGCGCGCCUCAAUUUAACUAAAGUCUUCGUGUGAUUCAUUCCACACAAGCGGUAACUUUAAAUUAAGCCGCUCGUUUUAUUAAUCAAACUGGUAAGAAAAACUUUCACGAAAUAGAAUAUUUUUCGACUAUGUAAAUUAUAGAACUCAUUUCUUAGUUUGGUCUACGAACACCGCUUGUUUUUUUAGUUAUCAGUAGCGUCGCGAGCGAGCCAAAAUAGGUAUGGGAGUUACUUUAUUGAUAAGCUCGCUCGUUCGGCGUCGGAAAGCCAUGCUAGAGCCGUUUGCAAGAUAAACGAGGAUGGACGCCAAAACAUUGAAAAUUUUAAUUGGCUGUGUAUUUUGUUGUUUGAAAUGCGUUUUUCACAAAAUAGCUUUCUCUUAGCCUAAAACGCUGGCUAAUAAUUUCAAAGGCUAUGGCUUGCAAAGAUAAGGUUCCGAACAAUUUUACAAAGUAAAAUUCAAUCAAACAAAAUGAUUCUGGUCGGUGAUAGCAAAAUCUACCACCUGUUACCGCGCCAUGAAAGUUUAAUUAAUCAUAUCAUUUGUAUGCAGACAGAUUUAUCAUAUGCCAAAAGAAAAAAUUUGUGUACAAGAACUCUUACAAAAACUUCACGGUAAAAAUAACGGCUUUUUAUGUUACCUCCGAUCAGCCUAGAUCGCGAUUAGGGGAGUUAAAGGGGUUUUAAAUACAAGUCAAAUUUGUCGAAAAACGCCCGAUAGUAACAAAAUCGAGAGUUCUUGAUGUGAAUAUUUUAUGACCGGGAUUUUUCGCAUGAAUCACUUCUCCGACGAACAGAAAGGGAAUUUUGUAUCAUUUUGUAUAAGAAAUGAAGUAUUUGCUGUUCCAAUUUCACUACCAAAAACGUGGACUACUCGACGUGAUUCUACAUUUGCUAGUGUAUAUAAAAUUACCCUCCAAUCGAUGUUUGUAAAAUAUAUUUUUUAUAGUACACCAGAAAAAUGCUAGAGUGUUUUCACACUGUAAUCGAGAUGCAAAUAUUUCGUCUACGGAUGCGUUUCUUAAAUACGAAUCUUCUAAAAUAAAUUGCACACAUGUAUUUAAAGCGAGCUUUAGAGCGGAAAAAAAGUGAAAUUAAAACUUUCUACAAAACAAAGGGUAUUGUAGAUUUUGUCUUAAAUUUUUUUCGCUUUUUUGUUUUUUGUUGUGAUCCAUCGGAGGUGAAGAAAGCAUAAAUAGGCAGAGUUCCCGCUAUGCCAUUGAAAUCAUACGUGGCUAAAUCAGCCUGUUUUGAAAUUUAACAUCCUCUUUAAUUUAUUUGAAACUCCCAAAUCCAAACGAGACAUACGAAACGGUUACCACUUGUUUUAAACAACGGCAAAUUUCGAAUUCGUCGCGCACAGAACGCUAACAUACGGGAAAAUUAUGAAUACACACAAUUCCGUCAACAAAAACCCAACAGGACGCUGAAAGCAUUUUCUAAAAAUAUUUAGUACGACAUGAAAAAAAGACAGGUUUUUUUUACCUUCAAAUUACAAGUAGUGUUUUCUUUUUACUUGUGAGAACGUCAAAGAUUUGUAAAUAAGAAAGAUGUACGUGAAUAUCGGCGUUUCAAACUCGAGAAUUUUUUUGUUCAUUGUAAACAGCUUUUCAAGACGGUCUACCGCCCUGAUGAAAAACGUUAAUUACACGCGUUUCUAAGCGUUCACCAUGUCGCUGUGGCAACUGACAUAAAAUGUGUUGCACAAGAGAAAGGAGAAAAAAAUAACUAAUUCUCACAGAGACGAAACAAUACGCUAUGGUUUUUCCUGUUUAGAUCUUCGAAAAUUUAAAGAUCGUUUCGUUAAGAAAUACGCUCAAAAGUUUGAUUUUAAGUGUAAAGCUAAUACGUUUCAAAAUUUUAUACGAAUUCAAUUCUAGAGAUGCGAACAUAAACAUUUCUCAAUGUUUGGCCUUAGCAAAGAAACAAAUGCAAUCAAUAGGUGUAUAUUUUCAUCGGAAAAUACGUUCAGAAAAAGGAGACAUGUUUUCGUAAAAUAUAGUCAAAUGAAACGUUGUUCAAAUUGUAUUUACUACGAAUUUUACUGCUUCAUGCUGACCGACAACUCUUAACUUUCCAUCUAAACGUCUUCCCAUUUUGUCGAUGUCUCAGAGCGCUUUAUUCUGAGCAAUGUUAUUUGCUAUUUUGCAACAUCAAUUAUUCAUCGUCCCAUUUGGAAGAACCCAUGUUUUUACGUAAGAGACAAACAAAGUACAUUUGAGAGAC